GGGGUCACGAAUAUAUAGGACAAGAUAUACAGCAUCAUAUACAGCAUCAUGGAGCAUUGUCGAUGCUUUGGCUAUAGCAUCAAUAUAAUCAUUCUUCCCCUGACAAUCUGGCUCCUGUAUUUACCAGCCGAUACCCUUUACGUCUGAUAUAUACUCUCUUGCUUCCUUUUCACAUCUUGCAGCAUUGCUAUAGGGAGCCAAGGCAUAGCCCGUGCAUACAGGAGCAUUCGUGGUAACUAGCCAAAAGACAGGACACUGGCCUACAGUACAUGCACUGCAGUGGAGACAGCGGUACGCGCCUGCAGACAAUCACGCAUUGUUGUAGCCUGACGGACUGUUCGCGGUUGUCUAUUGCUUCUCCUAGCCGCGAUAGUGCUUAAUUUACCGAGGAUGUGGCGGGCGGGAUAGGGGCUGGUUGCAUGCUCUGCGUUGUCCGUCCCAUACAUAAAUAACCUGGCUGUCGUGGCUACAUCCUGCCUUCUGCGUCCCGAUAUCUUGCCAUCUAUUAGCAGAAUAAUGGCCGAUACAACAGCCGAAGGGGUGGAUAAUAACCCCAUCACUGUCGACGAUACUGUCUCUGAAUUGGACUCAACGUUUAGUGAAGCUGGAAGCGAUACCACCUCCCUUACCUCGAGUGUUCUGAAGUAUCGAUUUGAACAUGGCCGCAGAUACCAUGGUUACCGUGAUGGACGGUACCUCCUCCCCAAUGAUGAGAAGGAACAAGACCGGAUGGAUAUUCUCUCGUUUCUGUUUACGCUGGCACUGGAUGGGGAGCUGUUUCUGGCUCCGAUAGAGAAGCAUCCGCAACGGAUUCUUGAUCUGGGCUGUGGGACUGGGCAGUGGGCAAUUGAUAUAGGGGACAUGUUUCCCUCUGCCCAGGUUAUUGGAAACGAUUUGAGUCCAAUUCAACCUUCCAUGGUACCCCCUAAUGUCCAGUUUGAAGUCGACGACAUCGAAAGUGAUUGGGCCUUUCGAACUCCCUUUGACUUCAUCCAUGGGCGAUACCUGGCUUCGGCAGUGCGGGAUUGGCCACGGCUGUUUCAGCAGACAUACCAAAACCUGAAGCCAGGCGGCUACUGUGAGUUUCUCGACUUUGACUUCACCUACCGGUCCGACGAUGGCUCUAUCAAAGAAACGCAUGAUCUAUACAUCAACUCAGCAGAGUUUAUCCGCGCAGCAAACAUCUUGGGCCAAGAGCCCUGUCCAGGGCCAAAGUUCAGGAAGUGGGCAGAGGAGACCGGAUUUGUGAAUAUCAAAGAGCACACGUUUAAGAUCCCCAAUGGCCCUUGGCCGAAAGAUUCGAAACUGAAAGAACUCGGUGCGUGGAACCGGAUUCAAUCGCUAGAAGGCUUUGAGGCAUGGACCAUGGGAAUGUUCACUCGGGUGCUUGGAUGGUCUCCGGAGGAAGUGCAGGUGCAUCUUGCCAGGGCACGCCAGGAUAUUCGGAAUCCAGAUAUCCAUGCAUAUGUACUGCUGUAUGUUGUGUACGCGCAAAAACCGAAAGAGAAGGGAAAAGCCAAUGACGAAUAAUGUGUACUGCAUUACCUUGAAACACUGGAAAUGAAUAUAUGAUCAGAGAAGGGUAUCAUCAUUGCAUAUCACCGGGAAAUAUGAAAAAGAAGCCAGCAUGAAUCAGACCCUCAGCAGCCUCCCCCCAGCCCUAACAACUAGAAAACCAAUAACACCUCCCAAACUCCCCAAUCCAGCACCAGCAAGAAGCCAUUGCCACAGUGGAGCUUUUCCCUCAGAUCCCUCAACUCCAUCCCUUUGUUGCUGUUCCCGUUCCUGUUCGUGUCUGCGUUUCGCCAAAAACCCCAUAACAACACCACCAACCAAACCAGCAACACACCAAUCAUCCAGCAGAACCUGCCCCCGAUUCUCCAGAAUCCUCCAACUGUAAUCCUUCCACUGGAUCUCCUCCUUCCCGCCCAUCUUAAGCGGUAAGAUGAUCAUCCAUGUCCCCAAUCCAACCAACGACCCAAGUGACGCGGACCGCACUAGUGCCGGUUCUGGAGCGGGAAUCUGCUGGAGAAGAGAAUAGAAGUACGCAAUGGCAGUGGACGGUGGCGCUGUUGAAUCUUUUGACGGGGCAUCUUCUUUUUCACAGAUGCGUGCUGCUGAACGAGAGGAGAGAUUGCGUCCAACGUGCCAGAAUACGCCCAGCGCGGUGCCGGUUUUGAAGCAGCGGAAGAGCGUAUGCGAGAGCAGGACGGUGUGCGCGAGGGGCUGGUCCUCCGCGUAUGGGGGGUGAGGGAAGAAGCGGGACAUCCCCGUGGAUUCCUUAGGAUUGUGCAAUAUUUAUUUCGAUUUUUUUUUUUUUUUUUUUUGGUUGUUGUGAUCUGGCUCCGGUUGAAUGCAAAGGAGGUUCGCUGGGAUGUUGGUUAUAUGUACAGACAACGACAGUGCAGUCAGUUGAUUAUUAAAUGGAAAUACGAAGAAAUUGAUCAGA